UUACAAUAUAAUUUCAAUAUCAGACAUCUGCAUAAGUCGCGGCUGUGUAUUCUUCAUUUCUUCUAUCCAGACUGGAAGUGGACAUCUAACUAUUAACAUACUGGCUUGAAUUCGGAAUGUCUGGAGUAAGAAUGUCGCCAAGAACUAGUUUGAGCGCUGUCGUAGCUCUUGCAACAUUGACUCUGCCUACACAGUCAUGGCAUCUUGAGGUUCACAACCAGAUCGGAUUCAUGGCCGAUGCCAUCAUUAGUCCAGCAACGCGAGUCAUGGUUUCCCAGAUACUAGAGCCAGAGUAUCAGGGGUCACUAGGACGAGCAGGAGCCUGGGCUGAUACAGUACGGAAAGCCCCCCACCCGUAUAGUUACUCCUGGCACUACAUCAGCGCUAAGGACGACCCGCCCAACGACUGCGGUCUAUACUACCACCGCGACUGCCAACAAGGCGGUUGCGUAGUGCAGCAAAUCUCCAACCAGACCAACAUUCUCGAGACUUGUCUGGUGGCCGUUCGUGAUCAAAAGAUGGCCGGUUUUCCUGGGGAGACAGUCUGCUCUGAGGCGUUGAAAUGGAUCACCCAUUUCGCUGGAGACGUGGCACAACCCUUGCACACAUCGGAGAGAUCUUACGGUGGUAAUUCCGUAAAGGUCAAAUUCAAUGGGACAGACACGAACCUCCAUCAGGUCUGGGAUCGCGAGAUUCUGUACGCGCUUGCGCCUCUCCCAGAUGGUCCAUCUGCGGUGGCACUGCACCCGUUCUUCGCGGGCCUCGUGUCAAGGAUUCAGACUGACUCAUUCCGCUCCCCACGUUCGACCUGGUCCAUGUGUGACUUUGAUGCAAGGAGGGGAACAUACUGUGCCGAGCAAUGGGCGAAAGACUCAAAUUCCAUCGUCUGCGAUUAUGCAUAUGGGCGUCUUGUCAAUGGCAGUGAUCUUCUCACAGGAGAGGAUAAGUAUGCGCAAGGUGCGUUCCACCUCGUCGAGCAACAGAUUGCCAAAGCCAGUUUCAGAUUAGCUGCUUGGCUGGAUGCAUUGGUAGAUCGAGUAUUGCAGGUAGACGGAGAGUCCCGAAAGGAAGGCAAAAUGAGGUUGAGGAUCCAAGAUGAUACGGCACAUGAAUACCAGCCAAAAAAGUUCCAGCACAUUCAAAGUUUUCCUUCUGAGAUAGAACUCUGAUACGUGCGAACCGCAUUAUGAUUAGGACACGGACUGGCUUCGUAGAAUAUAGUGAAUGUAAACAAGGUAGAUUCAAUGUCUACUUUACAAAAAAUAAAAUAAG